CGUUAUCUUCUUGUUUACGAUGAAAACUCGAGCAUGAUAUUGAAAAUGAGUAUUUAAUGAUAGCCAGUGGUGGUGCGUCCAUAUGCGCAGGAGUUUCUCUAGAAAGUCCCGCAGUCCGCGUGCGCACCGCAUCUCGCAUACAAAUAGAUACGGCCUUUAUUUGUUUGUGUUGACGUAACAUACAAAUGUGCUUCAUUUGUUAAGUGGACCUUGAGAAAGCAACUGUAAAUUUGGAAUUUGAAAAGUUGAUAAGAAAAUGAAGGAAUUUCUACCCUUUUUACUAAUGACGUUGUGUGUCAGCUUCUCUACUGGACACUUCGCUCUUUGGGGUAACAAAGAGGAUAACGCAAUGGACGUCUCAGAUUUUUCAGUUUAUUACGAUUUAAAUACUAAUGAGACUAUUCGAAAAAUGUUGCCAAGGCCAUGGUACAAACCUGGGUGGUUUAUACGACUGCCGUUCAGAGGGGGUCCUUGUGAGUGUAAGGAAUUAAAAUGCUCAUGUUGCACCGGAAUUAGGAUACAAGCAUUUAAUUAUGAUAGGCGAACCUGUGCAAUAAUCGAAUACCAACCAGAGGACUCUAUAUUUUCUAUGGAAGUAAGAAUGAACAACGCCAGUAUAUUUCAAAAAAUAUACUCAGCUCGCAAUGCCCCACCCUUCUGCGUACCUGUGCCAAUCCCGUACUUACCACCAACACUUGUCGAUAUGUGCAUACGUCUGUACGAUGUAUCAGUUAUUGACCAAAAGUUCCAUGUAUGUAUGGAUAUGGACACGCGAAUAGACAAGGCUCCUGUGCUGAUUCUUCACUGGGAUUGCAUGGAUGUUGGAACGGGUGGGGUGGCUUUAUCUAAACCUGGAGGCAGUGGAUCCAUAUCGACGUCAUCGGCUGGAAUCUCUACCACUCCAGAGCCUACGCAACUAGACAGCGAUGUCUAUGACCCGGUAGUGCAAGACCGAGAGACGACAACUAACGACCUGUUUAAAAAUAGUAUUAAAUAUAUUUAAAUUAAGUA